GUCGUUUCCCACUUAAGUCAUUAAUAGGUAGCACUUAGCCUCCUAGCUCUAGGUACCUACCUAAGCUACAGAACUUAGAAGCAGUGGAGGCAGGUACUAUCUUAUCAGUCAACGCUAGUUAAAUACGUGAUAUACAUGUAUAUAUAUGUAUACAUACCUAGGUACGGGGUACGUAAGAAUGUGUUCCCAAACGCAAAGCGGAUAUUACAAGCUCGACGGCGACGAUUCUCCCUUUUACAGCCACAUUUUUGAAGCCUUUUGCGGUGGCAUCUCCAAAAAUCGAAAUCAUGAUGAAGUAAAAUUCGACCUGCAGCAGCAGCAACAGCAGCAUCAGCAAUAUAAUCGGUUUGUUCAAUUCGCUCGCCCCGCUUUCAUUCCCGACGCCUCGAGCCCUCGAAGUUGCGUGAGACCAACGAUUGAUCUCCCCCACGUGCCUGGGGGCCAGAUCAAAAAGCCCAAGGCUGUAUCCCACAACAAGAGCGAUCAGAAACAACACAAAUCUUUACCAGAGUCGCCAAUGGAUGCUUCAAAUGUCUUUCGACAGGUCCAAGGGUUUACCUCCCAUGUUCCGAGACCGCCACAACAGUGGCAGCAAAAGAAGCCUGUUACUGUCAACACUGAGGAGAAUGGCGAUGGCGAAGCCUCACACCGCAUUGCGCAUACGCUAACAGCUUGUUGUCGGUGUCGCCAGAGGAAGACACGAUGCGACCCCACGCUGCCUCGUUGUUCGCCUUGCGAGCGAUCCGGUUCCGUCUGCGAGUACUUUGACACGACAAAAGGAAAGAGAAUUAGUCGUUUUUACGUUGUGAAACUCCAGGAGAAAGUUAGACAGCUUGAGGCCGAACUUGGCCAGUAUACCGACGACGAUGACUUUCCUAAAAACCAUGAGGAUUUCAUACGACCGGGCGGUUUAGUUCGUCUGAAUGAAACUGAUGAGACCCCGCGGUACCUGGGACCGUCUAGUGGUAUCGCCAUGACGCGUAUACUCAUGGAAGAGGCUAAACGGUACACCGACUCGAAGCGCAUAUCAGAGCUGAUACCAGAUUUACGCGAGCGCCGUCAAACUAUGGCGCCCGGCUCAAGUUUUUCGGGAACGCGGUCGCAAUCCUUCACCAUACCGCCUCCAAUCUCGACAAGGAAGAAAAGCUAUCCCAUCAUCAGUGCCGUCCCAGCGCAGAACCUCCCCAGUAGAGGCAUCGCUGAUAGGUUGGUAGAAGUUUUUCAUCAACGAGCCCAAGUAUUUACUCCGACUCUUCACGAGAAGGUAUUGGAGAGAACGGUUGAAGACGUCUACUCUGGAAGCACAGAUCCAUACCAGAACUUUGUCGUGAGACUGGUCAUGGCGACGAGCAUGCAGAAAUUAGACACAACAUAUGCAGGGCUUGCUGAUAGCUACUACCAGGCUGCCAUGAAAUACUUUGAAGAUGUCGUCCGGCCCAAGGAUCUCAAGACUCUCCAAUGCCUUGUCUUGAUCGGCCAAUAUUCAAUGUUAACACCAACCCGAACCGCUGUAUACUACGUUGUGGGCUUAGCAACGAGGAUCUGUCAGCAACUUGGCCUAGCCGAUGAAAAGACCAUCUCCCUAGGCGUCAGUGACCCACUGACCCUUGACAUGCGGCGACGGUUGAGUUGGAUUGUUAGCAAUCUCGAACUCGGCAUGGCUUUUGUUAUGGGUCGUCCGAAUGGAUUUGCUAAAAGUGAUGAUAUAAACGAUGUCAGGUUCUUUGAGACUGUAAGUGACGCAAAUAUCCGUGAAGAUGGAAUCAUCCCCGGACCCCCAGACGAGAGAAAACUAGUCGCCAUACACUUCUGCAAAAUGCGACAGCUCCAGGCCGAAAUCCGGCGGAUCUUGUAUGAAAAGAAGUACGCGGAACCUAAGGACGAUCGGCAUCCAUGGUUCGGAGGAAUGGAGGCCAAGAUGGAACAGUGGCUCAAGGAAUCCCCUGAAAACCCAGCAUGGUGCAAGCCCUGGUUUUCUGGUCGAUUCCAUGCUUUGAUGAUGACACUUCAUCGACCAUCCCCCCAAGUGCCAAAGCCAUCCGUGCGUUCUGCUACAAAGUGCUUCGACUCGGCUGCAUUUGUCAUCCAAAUCUCUAGUAAACAGAUGAUGGCAGCGGCUGUCGAUAUUACAUGGAUUUUCAUACUAACCCUUUAUAUGUCUCUUAACACCAUUCUAUGGUCUGUCACCUACCCUGAGGUUCGAGCAUUACACACCCGUGACAAAGUACAGGAAUUGGUCAACAUAUCACUGGAUAUAAUUGAUCAAUGCGUCGAAAGGUGGCCGGGAACCGCAGCAGCAUCUCAAUUAUACGCUACUUUUACGAGAGCAUGCCUUCAGAGCUAUGAUACGAACGAAACACCAGCGCAGUCGAACUCGAGCGCUUUCAAUACACCACCCUCUCAAUCAGAUACGAACUCGCCUUCUGCGUCUGAAAUUUCAAGUGGGACCACAGUAUCCGACGGCGGCGUCUCUUCUUUCAAUCCGCCACAGUUUGGCUACGUUUUUGGCUCUAGUCCAGAAGAGAUGAACCAUUAUGGAGUUGGGAAUAACUACAUCGCUCACCCCACGUUUAGGUCCAAUUCGAUCUUCCUAAAUCCAGCAUCUAGUGACCCAACCGGGCGUCGUUUCAGCUACUUCCCUCCUGAUUUUACCCAGGGAGAUAUGACGCUCAUGGAAGAGAACAGCCCACCGGAUACUGAUGCAACAGCAUCCCCGCCCUUCUCCUCUCCUGCACAGCAUGUGCCACCUUCUCCGGAAUCAGUAUCUACAACCACUGCUACCCCUUCGGCUAUGGGAACCCCAUUGCCUGUUACACCCAUGCUUUCAACUUCAAGCCUGGCUCAGACUCCCUCUGAUAUCGCGACGCCUAAUACAGUGCCUCCACCACAUCCUGGUACUGCCCCGCCAGCUUUUACCAUUCAUCCAUUACCGCAACAUCACUUGCAAGGCCAACGACCUUUACCCCAGCCAACCGCAGGAGCAGAUUGGUUUAAUCCCCCACCGCCAUUCAUCUCACCGUAUGCUUUCGGCAAUGGACUAGGUGGUAACUUUUGGGGCGAUUCUGGUGCAAAUGGCCUCGACGAUAUUAAUAUGGGUAAUAAUAUGCCGUUUGCUCACGGGCUUCCGCCAGAGCGGCAAGGAAGCUUGAGUCAACAGCAACAGGUCGAGCUCAUGGACGUUUUAGAGAAUGAAGGAAUGACAGAUAUAGACGCGUACUUGAACAUGGGAAUGGCGUAUCCAAACAUCAUGGGCAACGGGAAUCAGGGUUUCAAUUGGGCUGGAUAAUCAUAAAAACUUUGGGUACCUACGCAGGGUUAGACGGAGUUUUUUUUAUCUUUUUUCCUAUUUAUUGCAUUGAAAUUUCCAUACGGAUUAGGUGGAUUACCUUUGAAGCUUU